GUCUGUUAAGCUCUCACUUUCUUUUAUUGCGUCGGGGCUGUGAGACCUACCUACCUAGUAACUAACCUGCAGAGAUUUUUUUUGUGGCGCUGGCUUGUAUUUUACAUACAGUAAUCAAGUCCUCGAUCGACCCAACAUAGUAGAUCCUUCUCUCCCUUCUACUCGUUUCAAAUGGGAUUCACAUUUUUCAAGACCUUCCGCUCAUCAGGAUGGCGGCGGCACCGCUCGUCUCUUCGCACACGGCUUCGACGGCGUUCGCGGGGGGGACUUCUUACGAAGCUGUCGACGUAUUCACGAGAGCAUCAGACCAGACCGCAUAUGUCUUUGAGACGGAAUACUGGAAUCCUUUCUCCAGUACCUCUGUUCUAACCACAUCAUCUUCGUCCAGUACGGGUAGUUCGACGUCAACAGGCGCAUCUUCAACAUCAUCGGCUACAAAUGCCACUCAGUCAGUCGGGUCCAGUACAAACUCGGGAAUAUCGCCAGGGGCUACAGCCGGGAUUGCCAUAGGAUGCGCCGCCGCCGGAUUGAUCUUAGGAGCCAUCGCGGGUUUCUUAUUCCGACGUUCAAAAUCUGAGGGGUCGAAAUCUAGAUACAAUGUAGCUUCGUACGCUAGCCAGGAGAAGCCAUUGCGAAGUCCUUACUCAACUCCUAUGGCAAUGGACAAAUUACAGCUUGAACAAUUUCUCUUAGACUCGACACCAGACGCUGCAAUUAGUGCGGAGAUGGGUUCACUCGGCCAAUUAAUUCAACAGCACGUCGAAAGUUGUUACCACGUUUUACCGGUUUCGCGUAGCGAAGAGGCGCUCACUACGAUAUUGAUUCAUCUCGGGUUGGACCAGAACAGCACAAUGUCAGCUGCCAGACUCGCAUCCUUGGCAGUCGAUCCAAAGACCCGGUUCAGUGCCAUUCAACAUGUUAUCGCCAGAGUUACAUUUGCCAGUGUCACAUUCAAUGGAGUUUCUCACUUUUCUCUGCUACCGCAGCCGAUUUCUUCUUUCGCAUCGCAAAUACCGGCUACGGAAAGCCACAGAGGAAAUGUAGAAGCUGUAGAUACUGCGCUCACUCAAUGGCGACAGCUGUCCGCUUUUCUGCUUCACCCUAGUAGAAGUGAUCGGACGCCGUUGGCUCCCUCGGAAGAUAUCUGUACCCACGGAGCGCAGCAGCUUGCUGUGGCCCUUAACACCUUUCUUGAGCCUUUCGUGAGCGGCGAUCGCCAAGAUAGGUACGAACAAGAAAAUCAUCUCCGAGAAGUGAUAGUCGAGUGUGUGGCUUUUGGCUAUCUCUUGUUUUCCCAACCCUGCGAGUAUCGGUACCGUUUCGAAGGUGGCGUAAGACCCAACUACAUUGUCGUUUUCCCCGGCCUGGAUAAAGUCAGCGACGAAGAAGGCCAUAGAUAUCCUUCACCGGUUUCAUCUAUUGUUUCUCCCUUGACUGAAAUGAUUUAAUUGCAUAGCUAUUGGACGCAUUGGCAUUUUCUUUUCAUUUUCCUUUUUUUCCUUUCUUCAAUGUAUAUAUCAAUAAAGGGGCAAC